CGUUUUACUAAGUUUGCGGCAAGAAUUAUUUGUGCAUGCAUUCAGUGUUUACGUCAGGUUAUGCACGUGGAAAAUGAAAAGAAUUUGUACAUACUGCUUAAAUAAUUAAAGUUUGUAAACGUCAAACGUUUAAAAUUGAAUAUUAUAAAAACGUUAUUUGCACUGCUGGAAUAUUUAAGUUCAAAUUAAAUAAUGAAAGUCAAAAGUACAAAAAGUGUUAUGAAGAAAUCUAAGAAAUCUGUUACAAAGAAAAAGAAAGAUUUGAGUGAAGUAACAACGGAUGAUUUUUUCAAUCAAAAUUUUGAAAAUUACACUAGCAAUGAGAAUAACAAUGACGACGAGGGAAGUAGUGAUGAUGAUAUGAAUGAAAUACAACAUAAGAAGUCAUUAAUGAAAUUGAAGAAGACCGAUCCAGAAUUUUAUAAAUAUUUAAAAGAAAAUGAUAAAAAUCUUUUAGAAUUCAAUGUAUCAGAUGAUGACAAUAAUGAUGUCAGUGAUAAUGAUGAUGUGGAAACAGAAGAAAGACAUAUACCUGACGAUCAUCUAGAGGUUGCUAGUGAUGAAAGUGAUUUUGAAGGAGAUGAAGAUGUUGGCGCCACAAAAGAUGUAAGAAAAAUUACAUUGCAGUUGUUAAAGAGAUGGCAACAAGAAAUUCAGAAAGACAAGUCUUUAAAGACUAUUAGAUGUGCUGUAGAAGCUUUCCAUGCUGCAUUAGAAACAGUAGCAGAAUCUCCCGAUCCAGAAGAAUUAAGUUAUAAAGUAGAGGGUGGUGUAGUGUUUAAUGGAGUUGUACAAUUAUGUAUAUUAUACUUGCCCGACGCAUUUAAACGAUAUUUAAAAUUGGGUUCGGAAAAUCAAUUUCAAGCUCAUAAAUGUAAAAGAUUUGUUAAAGUAAAAGGUAUUUUAAAGUCCUAUUUAACGGAUUUAAUUAAGAUUUUGCAAAGUGUAACUUCAUCCAACAUAGUCACAGUGCUUUUAAAGCAUUUACAUCAAAUGUUACCUUACACACAGUCAUUUUCGUCAUUGACAAAACCGUUGCUAAAGAUUUUACUUAAUAUUUGGUCAAGUGGAGAAGAAACUGUUCGCGUUGUUUCUUUCUUAAGUAUAUUACGAAUAGCAACUACUAAUAAGGUCUCAGUGUUGGAUAUGUUAUUCAAAGCAAUGUAUGUAAAGUAUGUUGAGAAUUCAAAAUUUGUAUCUUUCACAACGCUACCAGGAAUUAAUUUUAUGAGGCAUUCUUUGACUGAAAUAUAUUUACUUGAUAAUAAUAUGGCAUAUACCCAUGCCUUUUUAUAUAUCAGGCAGUUGGCUAUUCAUUUACGAAAUGCUAUGACUUUAAAGAAGAAGGAAAACUUUCAAGCUGUAUACAAUUGGCAAUACAUAAAUUCGUUACGGUUUUGGACAGAAUUAAUUCAGUCAUCAAAGACCGAUUCCGCGUUGCGUUCUCUUUUAUAUCCUCUAGUACAAAUUAUUAUAGGUACAAUAAAAGUGAUACCAACUCCACAGUACUAUCCCCUCAGAUUUCAUUGUUUACAAAUGUUAACAGACAUUUCCAGAGAUACUGACACGUUUAUACCUGUAUUACCAUUUUUAUUAGAGAUAUUAAAUUCUUAUGAUUUUAAUAAGAGGCACAAAUCAGUUUCGAUGAAGCCUGUACCAUUCAUUUGUAUAUUAAGAUUGUCAAAGGUACAAUUGCAAGAAAACGGUUUCAAAGAUAAUGUUAUUGAUAACGUAUAUAAACUUAUUUUGGAAAAUGCAGCAAAAGAUAGUCACACAAUAUACUUCCCGGAUUUAUAUGUACCAUGCAUAAUCCAGUUGAAAGCGUUCCUAAAGAAAUGUCACGUUGCAAAUUACUCUAGAAAAAUGAAGCAGUUGUUAGACAAAAUUGAAGAGAACAGAAAGUACAUCGAGAAAGAGCGCAGCAAAAGAAUAAUUGAUUUAAGAAACAUGUCGGAAGUCAAAAACUGGGAAACGCAGAUCAAAACGCAAGGAACAUCGAUAUCGAAGUUCUACGAAUCAUGGAUAAAGAUUUAUCAGUCGCAGAAACUGAAAAUGCUCACGAAGAACGAAGACCUAGGCGAAUAUAAUUUACCAACACUAAAGAAAUCAAAAAGAGCGAAGUCAGACGAAAGAAUCCUAGAAGAGAGCGACGAUGAAAGUGAUUUCGAACUCCACAUCAAGUCAAACGAUGGGAAACCAGAGAAAAAACCCGAGAAACCCGUGAAAACUAAAAAGAAGAAAACGAAGAUCAGCAAACCGACGACGAGCGACGACGAUUUGCCGAGGGAAAUGACAGACAUUGUUCAAGACAUAAACAGCGACGAUUGGGAUUAACUAUAAGUAUUGAAAAAUGCAAUUAAUUUUAAUUCCACGAAAUGAAUUUUUAUAUACAGAAAACAGACUACGAUCACGAUUAAAUAAAGUAAAACUGAAAACCGA